GGCAGAAGCGGAAAACCCCAUAUCACACGCACGCACUCUCUCUCUCACAAGAAAGAAGAGAAGAAGUGUCCCUCGUUUUUCCCUUGAAAUAUGAGAAACGGCGUUUAAAGCGCGCAAGCACCCUCACGCAUUUUCACAUUAAAUUCACAUAUUCACACACACAAACACACUCACUGCUCGCAUCGCCCAAUCCUUUUAUAUUGAUUGAUUGAUUGAUUGAAAUCAUCUUCCUUUUUUUUUUCAAAUUCUCUGUGAAUCUUGGGAUUUCUCUGUGAGUGGGUUUUGGCCAUGGCGAUUGCAGCGGCAGCUGUCAUCGUUCCACUCGGCCUCCUCUUCUUCCUCUCUGGCCUCUUUGUCAAUCUCCUUCAGGCGAUUUGCUUCAUUCUUAUUCGGCCCGUGUCGAAGAAUAUAUACAGAAGAAUCAACAGAGUGCUGGCAGAGCUGCUGUGGCUGGAGCUCGUUUGGAUCAUAGAUUGGUGGGCAGGCGUCAAGAUCAAAGUGUACACAGACCCUGAAACCUUCCGUUUAAUGGGUAAAGAACAUGCACUUGUCAUAUGCAAUCACAAAAGUGAUAUUGAUUGGCUUGUUGGAUGGGUUCUAGCUCAGCGGUCAGGUUGCCUUGGCAGCUCAUUAGCUGUAAUGAAGAAAUCAUCCAAAUUUCUUCCGGUAAUAGGGUGGUCAAUGUGGUUUUCUGAAUAUCUCUUUUUGGAAAGAAGCUGGGCAAAAGAUGAAGGCACAAUAAAGUCAGGUAUUCAACGGCUGAAGGACUACCCUCAGCCCUUUUGGUUAGCUCUUUUUGUAGAAGGAACUCGUUUUACACAGGCAAAACUUUUGGCAGCACAGGAAUAUGCCGCCUCAACAGGGCUACCUGUCCCUAGAAAUGUUUUGAUUCCUCGCACUAAGGGUUUUGUCUCAGCAGUAAGUCACAUGCGCUCAUUUGUUCCAGCUAUAUAUGAUAUAACAGUGGCUAUUCCUAAAAGUUCACCUGCACCUACAAUGCUAAGACUGUUUGAGGGGCGACCGUCUGUGGUGCACGUACACAUCAAGAGGCAUGUGAUGAAGGACUUGCCUGAAACUGAUGAUGCUGUUGCACAAUGGUGUAAGGAAGCAUUUGUGGCCAAGGAUGCAUUAUUGGACAAACAUGCAGUAGAGCAAACUUUUGGCGAUCAAGAAUUGCAAAUUACUAGGCGGCCACUGAAGUCACUUUUGGUUGUUACAUCUUGGGCAUGUUUACUGGUUUUGGGGUCCCUAAAGUUCCUCUACUGGUCUUCACUUCUAUCCUCGUGGAAGGGCAUUGCAUUCUCAGCAUUGGGUUUGGGCAUUGUUACCGUCCUCAUGCAGAUCUUGAUUCGGUUUUCUCAGUCAGAGCAUUCAACCCCUGCCAAAGUGGCUCCUGCAAAGCAUAAUAAUGGAGAGGCUUCUGGUGAACCAACCAAACAGCAAUAGGUUACAGCUUCAUUCCCAAGCCUUUUAUAACUGGGGAACACGUGAUUCAUGUUGCCUCUGUAUUUUGUCAUCCCUGCCUUACCUUAGUGUGGCAUAGUCUUAAAGGUCCUUUAGAUUUUGUAAAACACCUGUUUGUAUGCAUAUCAAUUCAUUAACUGCUGGUUGAUUAGGGUAUUUUGUGUAUAGCCUCUUAACAAUGGCUGUAGCAGCAUUGUUGAUAUGGGAAUCCUGGUCCUUUUAUCUUUUG